CUGCUGGAGACGCGCGGGCGCCCCAGCGGACACUGUGACACUGUUCCGGCAGGGAGGGUCCCCGGAUCAGGCCAGCACCCGGGGCUGAAGGGCGCCCCCAGGUUGGGGGAUGGGCGCUCACCGGACGCGGUCCAGACUGAGCAUGCUCAGUUCAGGGUCCGACUCGGCUCGGGCUAGCGGUGCGCCCCAGCGCCCAGUAGUGGGACAGGCAGGCCGGGAGUCUCCCCGCAAGACACAAUGGAAAAGUACCAGAUUUUGGACUGGCUGAAUCCUGGGGCCUUGGGGGUGAACCUUCUGGCGGAGGAGACAAAACCCAAAGUAAAGCACGUGAUAAAGCAGGUGGAGUGCAUUGAUGAGCAUCAGGCCAACGAGGCCCUGGAGGAGCUGAUGCCGCUGUUGAAGCUUCAGCACGCCCACGUCUCCACCUACCAGGAGCUCUUCAUCAUGUGGAAGAGUGAGAUCUCCUCUCUGUUCCUUUGCCUGGUGAUGGAGUUCCACGAGGGAAGCUUGCAGAAUGUCAUUGAGAAGAAGAGGGCGGCAAAGAGAGUCAUUGACUCCCAGUGGAUGCAGAACACGCUGGGCCAGGUGUUGAAUGCGCUGGAGUACCUGCACCAGCUGGACGUUAUCCACAGGAACCUCAAGCCCUCCAACAUCGCCCUGGUCAGCAGCGACCACUGCAAACUGCAGGACCUGAGCUGCAACGCACUCAUGACCGACGUGGCCAAGUGGAACGUCCGUGCAGAGGAAGACCCCUUUCACAAGUCCUGGAUGGCCCCUGAAGCUCUCAACUUCUCCUUCAGCCAGAAAUCUGACAUCUGGUCCCUGGGCUGCAUCAUUCUCGAUAUGGCCAGCUGCUCCUUCCUGGAUAGCACGGAAGCCAUGCUUCUGCGGAAGUCCAUCCGGAGUUCCCCCGACGGCCUGAGGGGUGUCCUGAGGACCAUGGAGGAGAGGAGGGUCCCCGAUGCGAAAAUCUUCAGUUCCCUUUUGCCUCUGAUGCUCCAGGCUGACCCCUCGGAGCGAAUAACCAUCAGGGACGUGAUUCACUUCCCGUUUGUGAGCGGCGACUUCAGGCCCUCCAGUAGUGCCCUGGUGCUGCACCGGCAGGUGGUGCCCAAGUUCAUCAUCGACAUGCUGCUAGAAAGCAACGUUGCCAGAAUCUUAGAGGUCAUGCAGAACUUCUCCAGCCACCCCGAAGCCCAGCAGAGGGCCAUGAAGAGGCUCCUGAGGAUGUCUGAAGAUCAGCAAGGAUAAAUUCCUAGAUGUGCAGGCUGUGAAUACUUGUUUUCAUAGAUACUGCAAAUUGCCCUCUGUCGAUGCACCAACUUUCUCACCUCUCAAGAGUGCAUGAGAACACCUCUUCCCC